CAGAUCAGAAUUCAUAUCACUUCCGCUUAAUCUACCCUGUUUCUCUGUUAAACCAUAUUCUUUCUGCAUCAUCACUACGACACUAAGUCAGCUAUACAAAUCACAUGACCACCACCCUUCCGAUCUUAUCGGCCUCACAUCCGACACUUUCCUCCCCCGGCCCGUUCAUCUUUUCGGAUAUCUUUUCCUCUGCGGGGUCAUUUUACUCAUUCUUCACCAUUUUACUCUGGCCCUGUUGCUGUCCUUGAUGAGCCGAACCGCUGUGGUCACCCGAUGGCGAUUUUCUCGGAAUCACCCCGGAUGAGGAUGUCUUCAACGCCCUUUGCCGACGGUGGCCGCAUUGGACAUAUAUAUCUGACCUGAUAGCCUGGCUUCCAAGGUGGAUCAGAUUUUGUCAACCUUUUCUUCCCGGGCAGAUUGAACCCCUCGUCCAUUGACACCAUGGCCGCACCAACAUACUCGCCUGUCCAGGAGACAGGUCGAAUCUUCUCCUACCUCUGUGACCAGGCCGAACGUCUUAGCUUGCCUUCAGAGGUUGUGGAACGAAAGGAUGACGUCUCCUUUUACUCUGCUCAUGACGAAAUCUAUUUCCCCAUCCCGUUCAAGGAGACAGAAACCCUCGCUGCCUUGAAGGGUCUCGAAGGCUCCGUCGCUGGAGCAAUUGCGGAUCUGCGAUACGGACAAUCACCCCAGAAGCGAAAUGUCAAGGUGAACCUGGAAAGGGCGACCGCAUUUGGCUGUCAGGCAUACAUGGCCAAGGUGGAUGGAUUGUCCAAGCUGGACCCGGCCGUCAAAACUAAGUUGAAAGAUACGGACCUUUUGGCCGCGCAGUCCAAUGGCUACCGUCGAAUGUCCGCCAACCUCUACAAAACUAAGAACGAAGGAGAGUUUUUCCACAUCCAUGGCUCCCUGGAAGCCACAACAACAUUGAACAUGAUCGGGCUUGAAGGUCAUCGUCCAGACUUGACCGACUAUGAGGAUGUCAUCAAGGUGAUCGAGGACAAGGUGCAGAAAUAUAGUGCGGCAGAGUUGGAAGAUAUGAACCGGGACCGAAGACAAGCUGGUGUGACCGCUUUCAAACAUGAAGACUUCAUCAAGACCCCGCACGGUCAACUCAAUGUACAGGAACCCCCAUGGAAGGUGUCCCGUCUGAGUGGCGAUCUGCCUCCUACUCCUUUCCCGGCCAGCGGAAGCAAGAAGAUUCUCGAGGGGGUCAAGGUCUUGGAACUCUGUCGAAUUAUUGCCGGCCCAACAAUCACACGUAUCCUGUCCGAAUAUGGUGCAGAUGUCUUGAAGAUCACCAGCCCGCACCUCUCCGACGUUCCGUUCUUCCAGGUGGACGGUAACAUGGGCAAGCAUGCUGCUGACCUUGACCUGAAGACUGAUGAAGGACGUCGUCAAUUCGAGGAGCUUCUUACGGAUGCCGAUGUCCUCGUCGACGGGUACCGUCCUGGAGCACUGGAAAAGCUGGGCUAUGGACCUGAUGCUCUUGCUUCGCUAGGAGAGAAGCGAGGAAAGGGUUAUGUGUAUGUGAACGAGAACUGCUUUGGAUACGAAGGAGAGUGGGCUGGACGUCCCGGUUGGCAGCAGAUUGCGGACUGUGUCACUGGUAUUGCAUGGGCACAGGGUGAAUUCAUGGGUCACUCAUCGCCCACAGUCCCUCCUUUCCCCAUCUCCGACUACGGUACCGGCUGCAUGGGCGCCAUCGCUGCAUUGACAGGUCUCUACCACCGAGCCAAGACCGGCGGUUCAUACCACGGCAAGGCUUCCCUGAUGCACUACGAUCUUCUCCUCUUCGCCGUGGGCAAAUACUCGGACGCAGUCCAGGAGAAGAUGCGAUCCGCACAGCCACAAGAAUUCUUCAACCUGCGUCACUGCGACAGCGUAGACCGCAUCUCCUCGACCGUCCUGAAGAUCAUGCAGACCCGAUUCCCGCAUCUGUACCUGUCUCCGGAGGAGGCCGGACAGGAAGCGCUGACAGAGAAGUGGUUUUCGAAAGCGUACAAUGCCGACACUGAGAUUGUCCGACCCAUCACUGAGAUUGAUGGCGUUGAGAAUGUAUUUGAACGGGCUAGUCGACCGAAUGGAACUGACCGGGCCAGUUGGGGGGAUUUUGCCCAAGACAAGGGCGAGAAGAAGUGUUAAUUACUUUACAUACCAUGAUUGCAUCUACCUACCAAACUCUCCUUACCCUAUAAUCUACCGCCAGACCUGCCGUCG